AUGAGGGAAGAUUCAGCACAGAGCCCGCCCAAAGGCCUCUGCAGCCUGCCUGUGGAGAUACUCGACAAGGUCCUUGAGAACGUGCCCGCAAAGAAGAUUGUCCUUACCUGCUCCUACAACGACACGACUCCUAACAAAUGCUACGAUGUCUCUUGCACAGAGACUCCUGGUAAAAUGCCGGAGCUCCGUUCGCUGGCUCUGACAUGUCAACAUCUGAGUCAAGUCAUUCCCAAGACUGCCGCUUUUCGACGCGAUGGAACUGGGUCAGAAGUCGCAAAGAUCAUCGAAUUCGAGUCCAUCCCCGACAAACGCUAUCCUGUCAGCUAUAGCUUCGGGUGCCGCGCUUAUCAAGUAUACUACUGGGACCACUUCUGGCAGCCUACUACCUCUAUGCGUCCUUCGGCAGGAGAGAAAUCCAAGCCCUGUCCACAGUAUUCGAAGGUCCCACCUGCCGACAACAUCACAACGGUCAUCUUCAAUCGCCUUGCUGCUGGUUACUUUGGCUCUUCAAUCAUCUACAACUUUCCAAAUCUCGAGACCAUUCACCUGAGGGAAUACAAAACGGACGUCUCUGAGAAAUGCCAUGACCAGCUCAGUGCAGCACACGGGCUUGGGAAGUUCGCUGCACUUGGGGCCGACGAGCGCAAACGCGACAACUAUUCCCUCGCUCGUGCCUCUGCCGUCGUAAGCGAAUUCAUCAGCUCAAUUGUGGCAGGCAAGCACGCUCACGACGCACAGUCCAUCUACGACGUGCCUCAAGACUUGGAAGACAGAGAGGAUUACGACCCCGAGGAGUACGAUCGCCUUCCGGCCUGGCCUCUGCCCAACGAGACCAGAGAGCAGAUCAAGGACAAAUAUCGUUGGAUUGUCGAGCUGGAGCACUGUCCGUGCGUUAGUGAUUCCAUGCGAGCCGAUGGCAUCCUGGCAGCCGAUGGCAUUGCGUCUCCCGAGGCUCUACGAGAAUACCAGCAGGCUCAUCCUAAUGUGAUGAAUAUUCGUGUCAAGGUGGAUCUCUCGGCCAAGCGGGUGUUCGAAGCGGAGUUCUUCACUUGGUAG